CUAAAGUACAUAUUUGCCUGCAGCGUCGCAUGAGCAGGAGUCUACCUGCUUUAUUAGAAACUUGAAUUAGAAUUUAUUUAAUACAAAGAUUCAUAACACACCACAAACAAAGAAACGAGGGGAUGUUUUUGAAAGGGCAUUGUAAAAUGAUGGACAUUUCAUUCAUGGUGUUGCAAGCGGUUACUUUGUUUCGUCUUGUACAAACAGGUUUCAUCACUUGUGACCCUCAGCAAUAUCAGUGUGGCAAUGGGAAGUGUAUCACAUCCAGAUGGAUCUGUGAUGAAACUGAUGACUGUGGUGACGGCACUGAUGAACUUGUUGCUGCCUGCUUAGCCAAAACCUGCAGACCCUCUGAAUUCAGCUGUGGUGGGCGUCUCAACCAGUGCGUGCCCAAGAGCUGGAAGUGUGACGGCAAGGCAGACUGUGAGAAUGGAGCAGAUGAGGAAGGCUGUGCUCCUCGGCAGUGUUUAAAUGGUGAAUUCCAGUGCGGCAGUGGGCAGUGUGUUUCGACUGCAUUUUUGUGUGAUGAGGAGGCAGACUGUGAUGAUGGCAGUGAUGAAGUCUCCUGCCCACCCACCACCUGUAGCUCAAGCUCUUUCAGGUGCAACAAUUCACAAUGUGUGCCUCGAUUGUGGGUUUGUGAUGGAGACACCGACUGUGACGACGGCUCAGACGAGUGGCCACAGAAAUGCGGUCCAGGGGCAUCUACAGCUCAUAGAAAUCCAUGCUCUUCUAUGGAGUUCCAAUGCGGCAGUGGGGAAUGUAUACACAGUAGCUGGAAAUGUGAUGGGGGAGCAGAUUGUUUGGAUCGCUCGGACGAGAAAAACUGCUCCUUGCCCACAUGUCGACCGGAUGAGUUCCAAUGUGCUGACGGAUCUUGUAUCCACGGCAGCCGGCAGUGCAACCAUGUAUACGACUGCAAAGAUUUAAGUGAUGAGCUGGGCUGUGUCAAUGCAACCCAUUGUGAAGCACCAUACAGGUUUAAGUGCCGUAGUGGUGAAUGUAUUAGCAUGGAAAAGGUUUGCGACAAGAAGCGUGACUGUAGGGAUUGGUCUGAUGAGCCGUUACGAGAGUGCGAUUCGAACGAGUGUCUAUACAACAAUGGAGGUUGCUCUCAUAUCUGUAAUGAUCUGAAGAUUGGUUAUGAGUGCCUGUGUCCCACCGGCUUCCGUUUGUUGGACAAGAGACGUUGUGAAGACAUCGAUGAGUGCGCCAACCCAGACACCUGCAGCCAAAUUUGCAUCAAUCAGGUGGGCAGUUACAAGUGUGAAUGCGAGGAAGGCUACCAGAUGGAUCCUGCCAGCAAGGCCUGCAAAGCUAUUGGAACCAUCGCGUACCUAUUUUUCACCAAUCGCCACGAGGUGAGAAAGAUGACCCUGGAUCGUAGCGAGUACACCCAAGUAAUUUCCCACCUGAAGAAUGUUGUGGCAUUGGACGUGAAUAUUGCAACCAAAGAAAUCUACUGGUCAGAUCUUUCCCUCAAGAAGAUAUACAGAGCCCCAAUGGAAACAGCACAUGACUCCUCUCAACACAGUGUCAUAAUUAGCAAUGGCUUAAAUGCACCUGAAGGUAUCGCCAUUGACUGGAUCCACGGAAACAUCUAUUGGACAGAUAGCAUCCAAGGUGCCAUCUCGGUGGCAACAGCUGACGGAAGCAGACGCAAGACACUCUUUAGAGAAAACCUGGCCAAGCCGCGUGCUAUUGUGGUCGACCCUAUUAAGAACUUUAUGUUCUGGACUGAUUGGGGCACACCAGCCAAGAUUGAGAGGGGAGGUCUCAAUGGAGGUGACCGCAGUGCCCUGGUGACGGAUAACAUUGUCUGGCCCAAUGGAAUAACCCUUGACCUAGUAAACCAGCGUCUGUACUGGGUUGACUCUAAACUACACACACUCUCUAGUAUCAGUGUGCAGGGAGGUGGUCGGCGAACUCUAAUCAUAGACCAGGGCAAACUCGCCCACCCUCUGGGUCUCACUGUUUUUGAGGAGAAAGUGUUCUGGACGGAUGUAAGCAACAAUGCAAUUCUAAGUGCAAAUCGUGUGACGGGCAGAGACAUUAUAAAAGUAGCAGAACAUCUCUCAUCCCCUGAAGACCUUGUCCUGUUUCACAACCUGAAACAACCCAAAGGAAUAAACUGGUGCAGGGUCAACAAUGGUGGGUGUGAGUUCCUGUGCCUAGCUGCCCCUCAAGUCAAUAGAUUCUCUCCCAAGUACACUUGUGCCUGCCCAGACAACAUGAUGCUGGCCAAAGACAUGCGAAAAUGUGCUCCAGUUGUUGUAACACCAGCAGCUCCUGUCAGACCCCAAAUGCUUACAACUAGUCAUCCUCAAGUACCUUCAAAAACUUCACCAAAACCUGCUCACCCUACUACUUCCAAAGUGCAACCUUCUACUACUCGUACUCCUGUACCUAUGAGACCUAGCAAGCCCACCACCCAAGCUGCCCCUACCAAACCUUCCCAAACCACUACUGGACUUCCACUGUCCACCCAGACAGAUGAGCACAACAGUGAUGUUAAAGCCGUCUCAGAAACGUUGCCUUCGACACCGUUGGCCCUGUACAUUGUAGUGCCUCUAGUUGUCCUAUGUUUGGUUGCGGUUGGUGCUCUGCUUUUCUGGAGAAAGUGGCGACAGAAUAAAACCAACAGCAUUCACUUUGAUAAUCCGGUUUAUCAAAAGACUACUGAAGACCAGGUGCACUUAUGCAGAAACAACAGUUCUGAUGGCUACUUUUACCCACAUCGGCAGAUUGUGAGUCUUGAUGAUGAAAUUUGAUGAUGAAAUUGGCAUUGAGAUCCAUGCUGAAACUGACUGGAAAAGAGCCAUAUUUGACAUCUUACAGACAUCUAGAGAACGAUGGAGAGUCCACACAAAAUGCCUUGUCACACAAGACAAUUUAGACAAAAAACUAAUCCAGGGCUGCUGGUUUAAGUCUACAGUAACAGAGAAACCUCAGACAACAACAACCUCAACUU